AUGGAGACAGCGAAAAAACGGAUAAAGCUACAAGUGGGACAUAUUGGUACUGCUGAAACUCUGCCAUAUGAAAAAAAAAUGCUACGUAUAUCGAUGGAAGAUCUUUAUGAAAAUGGAAUAAUUGAUGAAGGAACUGAAAUCGAAAUUUCGUCUCGACAGGGAUGUCGUCGUUCAUUUGAAGGUGCAGCAGUUGCAGCCGAAAUGUUUUAUAAAGAAGGGAUUCGUGCUUUUAUUGGUCCUUCUUGCGCGACAGAAUUGGAUGUAGUUGCAAAAAUGGCCACUUUCUGGAAUACACCAGUCAUUUCAUACACAGCUUCUAACGGCCUCCUUGAUAAAACAACUUAUGGAACUUUGGCCAGAGUUUCCUUUACAAAUAUGAACUCAGUUGCUGAGACUAUAGUUGCUCUUCUAGUUCAUUACAAGUGGUCGAAGGUAGCAGUGGUAACAAAUCCUGACGCCAUCAAUCGCAUAGCAACUUUGGAACGUGCGCUAGAAAGACAAAAAAUAAUAAUACUGAAAAAAGUGAUAUUCGAGACGAAUUCUACCUCAAAAGAAAUGAUUGCAAGCGGUGAACUCAAUCAACUUCGCGACACCGCUAGAAUUAUCAUUUGCUACUUCUCAUCAAUGCUUCAAAUGAGCAGAGAGUUCAUGGCUGCAACGUACAAUGCUGGCAUGCGCUCAAAUGAUUUUGUCUAUAUAUUACCGUGGAUUCGGGAUAGAAAGAAUGAAGAUGUACCUUGGCUUGGUACCUCUGGUGAAAUCAUGCAAAAAGUGAGGGGCCACUAUGAAAAUGUCAUCAUGGAUAAUCUCUAUUCCUACUUACACGUAUACGAUGCACUGUUAUUAUAUGUACAUGCCAUACAAGCACUCUUUAAUGAAACUAAUGACCUUUCGACCCUAACUGAUGGAAAACGUGUUUGGAAUAAAAUGAGACAUCUGCAAUUCGAAGGAGGUACGACAGGUUCUAUUAUGAUGGAUGAUUUAGCCGAUCGCCUACCAAAUUUGGCAGCUUUUUUUAUACCAUCAAGUGGAAAAAAAAUAUCGAAAAUUGUUAAUAUAAGCUCGAAAUUGAAGCAAAACUGUAGUGGAAUAGUGAGCAAAUUUGGAUGCUAUGAUUUGGAGGUAACAGAUGUAUUGACAGGAUUCUGGCCUAGCAAUGAGGGUUUGAUGCCAUUGGAUGAACCCAUUUGUGGUUUUCGUAAUCAGAAAUGUUCCCAUUUGAUCGAAAUUAUUUCUGGCAGUAUACUAAUUGCAUUUGUUAUAUUUAUCUUGUUAUCUUAUUAUAUUUAUCGAUACUGUGAAUCACGCUCUCUUCGUAAAAUGCCUUGGCGUAUAUACAGGGAUGAUAUCAAAAUACUGGAUGACGAACAACUAAAGUCAAUGAAAUCGUUGGGAAGUUCGACUACAAAAAUGAGUAAAACAAGUAUUGGGCAAAAAAUGCAUGCACUCGUUGGCGUUAAUACUCACGCUACUUAUCAUCUUUACCCACAGCGACGUCCAAUAAAAUUCGAUCGAGAAGACUUAAAACUUCUCUCACAAGAUAUCAUUUAUAAUCAAAAUUUAACCUUGGAUGAAAAGUUCCAUGCAGCAUUUAUUCAUGAUAUUACGCAGGGUUUAGAAUACUUGCACUCUUCGCCAAUCGGUUAUCAUGGAUCGUUAUCACCGUGGGCAUGUCUGAUCGACCGUAACUGGAUGGUAAAGUUAACCGAUUUCGGGAUUGCAGAUCCAAUUGAACGAUGGGAAAAGCAAGGAUGGAUUUCAAUAAAUGCUCUUACUUCGGAUGAUGACAAAAGUGGAGCUAAACAAAAGACAUCUUUACUUUAUUGCGCCCCUGAAAUGUUGAAAAAUCGAGAUUUGAAUCGACGAUCUGUAAAGGAUCACGAUUGGAAAAAGCAAUCAAAAAUUCAUCGACAAGCUGGCGACAUUUAUUCAUUCGGGAUGGUCAUGCAUGAAAUUCUUUUUCGAUCUCUGCCUUAUCCAGAAGGCACGGAUAUAAAUGAAUUGAUAGAUGCAGUAUCGAGUGGUAGCAGAACAUAUAUACCGCAUAUAAUUCAUUCCGGGAAUGUGCAUCCCGAUCUGUGCGCACUUUUGGAAGAUUGCUGGUCUGAAAAUUUGGAAGUUAGGCCGACAAUACGACGUGUUCGAUUAAAUACAAUGAUGGUCCUAAAAGUGAAAGGCAGUUUGGUUGAUCAAAUGAUGUCAGUAAUGGAACAGUAUGCCACAAAUCUGGAAAAGUUAGUCGCUGAUCGAACUGCAAUGCUUGAAGAAGCGAAUAUGCGAGCUGAUAAAUUACUGUCACAAUUACUCCCAUCGUAUGUUGCAAAUGAACUCAAACUUGGUCAUUCUGUUCCUCCCAAAUUAUUUGAGAUGGCAACCGUGUUAUUUUCGGAUAUUGUUGGUUUCACAAAGAUUUGCUCUUCUUCAACACCUUUGGAAGUUGUCACAAUGUUGAAUGGUUUAUACAGCGGCUUUGAUGAAUGCAUUAGUCGCAGCGGAGCAUAUAAGGUGGAAACAAUUGGUGAUGCCUAUAUGGUUGUUUCGGGAAUACCUGAGGAAAAUGGUGCCAAACACAUUCAGUGCAUUGCUGAUGUCGCUUUGGAUAUGAGAAAAUAUCUGGAUAGCUAUCAGGUACCACAUCGACCAGAUAAACUGCAGUGUCGUUGGGGUUUCCAUACUGGUCCUGCAGCUGCCGGGGUUGUAGGAGUUACAUCGCCCCGCUACUGUCUUUUUGGUGACACGGUGAAUGAAGCAUCUCGAAUGGAAAGUACGGGUUUUCCUGGUAAAAUACAGAUCAGUUCGGAUGCCCGGAACUUUUUGAUGAUUCAUUACCCAUUUUAUGUUUGCCAAGAAAGAGGAAUGGUGGAAAUAAAGGGUAAAGGAGUUUUGCUAACUUACUGGCUGGAAAAGAAAUUAGAUGAUCAAUUGAUAGCAAUCAAUAAAACUUCUAACGAUGGAAAAGUGUAA